AUGGGUUCUCAUGAGAAGUUUGAGGCGGCGUUCAAGGAGGCUGUUUGCGCGAAGCGAUUGUCUGGAUCAAAAGUAACGAAUUUGACCGACCUGGCUAUGGGCCUCAUGACAGAUGACACACAACUGGUGGCUUCUCUGUAUCGGAUGCACAAAGUGCUUCCCGCUUCGGCGAAGGUUUCGAGCCUCUAUGCCAUAGACGCAUUGGCGCGGGCGGCUCGUAGUCGUGCCACCAAGAAAAAGCUCACUGGUGAUAUGUCCACUGUCCCAGGCAACUGCGCGACGUUCUUGCUUAAACUUGAUGGCAUUCUUGACGGAGUUUUUCAAGAUGUUGUCACGUCUGCAGGCUCAGAAGGAAAGGAAAAAUCAAAGAAGGUCCUGGACAUAUGGACAAAGGGCAACACCUUUUCGUCGAGUGUUUUAAAGAGGUUGUCGGAUGUAUUGAAGGCUACGAGUGACGGUACAGGGGAUAAAGCUUCAGGCAGCACUCCAUCCGCCACACCGCCGGCAGCGAUCCGGCCACAAUCGCUUGUACCGGCGACAACGCCACCGAUACCGGCUCCCGUCCAAGCCUCAACAGCGCCUACAACUGUCGAUCCCGCAUUACAAGCAACUCUUCUCGCACUCUUGACACAAGUAUCGAACUCGAAUGGAGCGCCGCCACCGGGCCAAACAAGCGCAAAUACCGGUCCACCUGUGCCACUCCCUGCAUCGGCCCAACAUGGCCACGCGCCCAAUCAGCAUACUCUGCUCCAGCAAUUGACGCAGAGCACGAAUGUAGCACAACUUUUUCCGUUUUCACAUGUACCACAGCAGCCUGCUUUCGCUCCUUCGCAUUCUCCACCUACCCCGCCAACAUUUCAAGGUCAACAUAACCCAUCGGGCAAUCGGGCUGACUACGCUGACCCACGUCGAAACGUCCCUGGGUCGCCAUCAUAUGGGCAUACUGCGCGUAGCAAUUACUCAGAUCAAUACGGAGAGAAUCACUCGUAUCCUGUAGACCGUGACCGUGGAGGUUUUCGAGGUCGAGGGCGAGGAGGGGGUUGGCAGGAGGACCGGAAUCGUGAUCGCUUCCAAAGAGGGCGACCGAGGGAAGAACUUGAUCGCAGUAGAGUGCGGUCGAGCCGUUCCCGAAGCCCUCGGAGUAGUUACUCGUCUGGACGCAGGAGAGAUGUAAAACCAUACAGUCCUCCCCACAGACCAACUUUGGCGGCUCUCGAGGUGUCCCCCGUCGAGCCACCCUCCUCAAAUUCUGUCGGCAAAGAUGAGUUUGGUAGAGAUAUCAGACCGUCCGACGAGUCACCACCACCACCCACAUUGAAAGCGAGCGUCGAAGGAAGCCCUCGCUCACCACGGCGAACCACCGCACCACGAUCCACUCAAUCCGACGGAGACCAGCCCGAGGCAUCGACGUCCACAUCCAACUCUUCGUCUUCGACCAUGUCCGUUCCGCCUCGAGUCGCACCUGGUGCUGUCGGACUGGAAUCAUUCGACAUUUUAAAUUGCGAUUUUAGCGCGCCGGCUUCGUGGGAAGCGCUAGGAAAGGCGUGGGAGGUUACGCAUGGCGUUUUGCCCUCCCAAGAGGAGCUCAUGACAUUCGUGAUGAGCGCGACGGCAAUGGCUAAUCAGGCGGCUAUGAUGUACGGGGGAUGGAUGGGACAAGCUGGCUGGGUAGGAGGUGGAGGAGAUUACGAUUUGGGGAUGGGAGAUACAACGAUGGGCGUCAGAGGGAACGAGUUCGCUUCGCAAGGCGGAGGAUAUGGGAACGGCAACGUCCGAAACCAUGAACAAUGGGGUCAGACCAAUGGGGGCAAUCCUUACGAAGUCACUGUAGACACAAGUGCACAGGAUGGGAACGGGGCCAUUAGUGAAGGAGGUGGGGGUGGAGAACAAGUAGGCUCGAAGGGGAGUAUGCAGAGAGUGGAAGGCAAGUGGAAGUUUGUGCGCGCGAGCGCGUCAUGA